UAUACAUUGAAUGAUUCUAUCAAUAGGUAAAUGUGCGUAUCUUAGCACAUGUACAAACAACUUUGAGGUUAUAGGUUAGGUUUAUAGGUUAGGGCUGUAAUUGUGUUUACAUCUAUGCUUGUUUAAAACUGAAUGAAAAUUGUUCUCAAUUAGGGAUUAAUAAUUAACAUUUCAAUUAGAAUUAAAAUAUAAUUUAAAAAAAUGGAAGUUAAUGUCAAUGACGUAGUUAUGCCAGGUGAUAUUGUUAAAGAUAUUAAAAAUGAUAAAAAAGAAAAAAUAAUAUUGGGACCAGGACUUCGACGUGAAGCUGAUACUGUUUAUAUUUGUAAAGCUGGUACUUUAAAAAAACGAGCUCCUGCUAUUUAUUAUGUAGACAAUUAUCAAAAACGUUAUAUACCUAAUCGAAGAGAAAUGGUUAUCGGUAUUGUCACCCAAAAAGUAGGAGAUAUAUUUAAAGUAGAUAUAGGUUCUAAAGAGAGCGCGUCUCUAUCCUAUUUGGCUUUCGAAGGUGCUACCAAGAAAAACCGUCCAGAUAUACAAAUUGGAGAUGCUGUGUUUGCUAAGUUACUCGUAGCUAUUAAAGAUAUGGAACCAGAACUUGUAUGCGUUGAUUCAGAAGGAAAAGAAAAAAAGUUAGGCUUAUUAAGUUCUGAUGGUAUGUUAUUUAACUGUUCCUUAAAUCUCGUAAGGAAAUUACUUAAUCCAGAUUGUAUGUUACUUAAAUUCCUUGGUAAAAGCCAACCGUACGAAGUUGCCAUUGGCAUGAAUGGUAGAAUAUGGGUUAAAACUAAGUCAGUACACCAAACUAUUGUCAUCGCUAAUGCUAUUUUAGUGGCUGAGUAUACGCCCAUUAAUAAGAUGCAACAAUUAUGCAACUUUAUUGAAAAAACAUUACUUAUGUAGGAAUAUAUCUAAAGCUAGUAUAUAAUUAAAUAAAUAAUUAUUAUGAAUAAAUAAAUAUACCAUCUAAAUACACAAUAAUUAUGAAUGAUUAUUUAUUGUAUAUUUGUUAUGAUUUUUAUAAAUAAAGUAGCAUGACUUUUAUAGUGAUUAUAAUGACAACCAUCAUCACAAAAUGUUUAAUGGAAACUACAAAUAGUUGAUGUAAUUCCAAGUUAAAAUACAUUAUAUUCGUAUAUUUAAAUAUAUAUAUUUAAAUACAGAAAAUGUGAGAUUAACUCAUAAUUCAUAAAAUAAUAUUUUUUAAAAGAAACAGGAUAUGGGAGGGCGAUUAACCCUGUUUUAUUAUAUGCUUUUACGCCGAUUGCAAUUGUAUAUCUUGCGCAGCUAAAAUAUUUCCUAAUUUGUUAUUUACCAAAACAUUAUUAAUUACAUUUAAUAUGUAUAAAAACUUGAAAAUUUACUAUGCGUAAAGAAUAAGUUAUGUUUGCAAGGCCCAGCGCUUGUUACUAAAUGCACAUUGAUAUUAUUAUUUGUCACUCUUUUUUUUAGCUUAUUAACUUCAGGAUUUGUAUUAUUUCUGUGUUAUUUUAUU